CCAUUAUCAGACCAGCCAUCACAGAAGACAACAGCUGAACCACUGAAGAAACACAGGAUCAAGAAUGAAGCUUUCUGUUGGUACCGUCCUCAUCACUGUGGCACUUUUGUCCGAAUGCUACUUCAGAACUGCUGCCAUCCCCAUGGCCAAAGCUGAAGACACAGAGCCAGAUCUGCAAGGCUUGAGCGAGAACUUGGAGGAGAAAUCUCUGGGUAUUGCACCAGGCAACUCCAGGAUCAUCGUGGUGGCCGACUCCAAUCUGCUGAGAACCCUAACAUCUCUGAACAGAGGACUCCCUCAUCUCAGUCCCCCCGAGAGCCUUCUCAGUACAGAGCGCAGAGAUGUUGGAACAGACCUGAGCCCAAGCAUCGCCAUCAUCAAAAAGGACACCAUGAGGUGCAUGGUGGGAAGAGUGUAUCGACCAUGUUGGGAGGUGUAGGUCUUCUGGGACGACGGAAAGAAUAAAAUCAGAUUCACUUUCAUUUAAUCUAGUGUUGCUUGUAGAGAGGAUGUAAAACUCGAUGCUAUUUAAUGAGGCUGAUGCUAUUAAAUGCUGAAAAGAUUAUUCUACCAAGGUCUUAUCUGUUCUUGUCUGUUCUAAUUUAAUAGCUUUCUUUUUCAUACUUCUCUUUCAUUUGUGUUCCAUUUGAAUAUGGGAUUUGAGGGUGUUGUGAUCACUGAUCAUACCAAAAAUUUUUGACUAGGUAAAAGUGAUUGUUCUUAGCAUUAAGUAUGAAUUUUUUUCCAAAUUAAAAUAUUUUCUACAAUGUUAGCUUUUAAUGCAGAGCGUACUACAAGUCAU